CUCCCCUCCGCCCUCGGCGGCCGCUCGCAGCCGGUCAUCCCGCACCGCACGGGACGGCACCGAGCCGGACUCCCGCACCCACCGCGGGGAUUCCUCGGCGCUCAGCGGGAAGCCCCGGCGGGGAGCGGCGGGCUCUGCUCGGCAGCGCUGAGGUGUCGGUCCGCGCGGGCGCUGCCCGGCAGGACGGGGGUCUCGCCGCAGCCCGGAAAGCCCCGCCGGGCCGGGGUUUCCCCGCCGCCCCCGGGUGACGCAGCCGUGCCGCUGGGGGCGGCUCUAAGGGCCGCUGCCCGCCGCCACGCGCGCACUCGAGAGCGCUGCGCCGCCGCGCACCGACCCCAUGGGAGCGGCCGCCCCGCUGCUGCGCGCCGCGCUGCUGUUGGCGCUGAGCCCGGCGCACGCGGCCGCCGCUCCGUGCGCCGCCAUCUGCCCCGCGGGUACCUUCGUGGCCGGCGCGGGUUGCGGGUGGGGAGCGAACUGCCAGCAGUGCCCGUCCGACACCUUCUCCAGCGUGGUGGGAGCCAGCAGCUGCAACCUGUGCCGCAAGUGCGAAGGAAGAUUCAAAUACUUAAAGGUGUGUUCACCAAUAAGUGACGCUGAGUGCACGUGCAAGGAGGGAUAUCGCUGCAGUGACGAUGGCUGCUCCCGCUGUGACAGAAGCUGUGGGCUGGGCAAGGAGAGAACUAGGAGCGGUUGCCAGGCUUGCCCUUAUGGAACUUUUAAUGAUCAACCUGAUGGCUCCUGUAAAAACUGGACAAUAUGUUCUGAAAACCAGGUUCUGCAGCCUGGAACUGCAACAAAAGAUGCAGUUUGCAAACACAGUUCAGAUAAUCCCACUUCAGCCACCACUUUACCUACCACUUCUCCUGCAGUUCCAUUUCCUAUCGCUGUGCCAGGGAAAGACCUCCAGAUGGACAUUAUCAGAAUUUCUCUCGCUGUAGCAGGGCUGUUGUGCAUAGCAUUUCUCCUGCCUUUGUGUGUAUGCCUCAGCGUCUGGCAGAAAAAGAAGCUACAUGCUGUCUUCAAGAAAAUGCAGACUACUCCUGAACAGUCAAUCCAGGAAGAGACCUGCAGCUGCCGCUUCCCUGAGGAGGAACAAGGCGAAGAUCAAGAUUGUGGCAAAUCCACAGAAUUCAGAGAUCUUUUGGAGAAUUAAGAAUUGGACUGUCCAGGUCAUCCGUAUUUGUUUCCUCUUAGAACACAACGUUACAAUUUGUGAAUUUCAGAGUGCUAAGUAGUCCAUCCUCUAAGGAGAAAGCACAUCUUUUCUAGUUUGACUGUUACCUAGGACUGGGAAUCAUAUUUCUAAGCAGUACUAGUACUGCUGUGCUUAAAACCAAUAGAAGGGCAGUAUGGCAUUCUAGCUGCCUGAGCCAUAACUUAUAUGAAGCCUGAAAGCAUUUGUCCCUUUAAUGGAGAUCUGUAGCAUGUAGAAGAGCUGCGUGUGCCACUCAUGGUCUCUGCAUUACUGUUACGAGCUGUAGCUCUUCUCAAAGCGUAGCUCAAACCCAGCAGUGUUGGGUUUCUUCUGCAAAUACAGAUCUCAUCUCACACUUUCAGUUGCCAGCAGCCAUGGAAACAUAUCUAGCCUGACCACCACCCCAGCCUCUUAUGUCAGAGACAGGAAAAUGUAAAAAAAAAAA